GGAAAGAGGUCCCCAAGGAGGGGGCCUGCUGGAGCCUGGCCUGAGGAGGGCCUCUGUUGGCAGACACCGGGCCAUCCCAGGUCUGAAGGGAGUCAGGAAAGAUUCGCAGUGGGUCCUGCCCUAGCCAUUCAGAACUCCUCAGGGCCUCUGAGCCAGACCCCUAGGCUGAGGCCUCUCCCACCAGGACCUCCCUAGGGGGCCCUGAGAGAGCAGCACAAUUGCUACGCAUGUGCCCUCUGCUGGCCACCUUCUCCUCAACAAGGCCACGUCCACAUCCUGGGGAUUGCUUUCCUUGUCUGGCUGGUUUGACUGCCCCAUCUGGCCCGGCCCCACCCUGGAAGGCCCCUCCUGGUCCCUCUCCAGGCUCCAGUCUUCUUAGGACUAGGUCCCAGCGUCCUCAGCUCCCAUCAGGGCUGGCUGGGCACGCAGGUCCUAAGCUCCCACCAAGGAGCUCCAGAUUCCCCUGCAUCUCUCUGCGGUGGCCCAGGCUGGGACAAGAAGAUACUCUGUCCAGUCCCAAGUGUCCCCCUGAUGCCCCAGUAUCCGUCUGUCUGUUCUCCUCACAUCCGGCCGUGCCCUUGAGUUGUCACACACCCCUGGUUUACUCCAGUAUCUUCUCCAUUAAAGCUGACCUCUCCUGGGUCACCACCUGGUCACGUGCUCUUCAUCCCCACAAGACAUGGCAGGAGUGACUUAUACCUCUGGCGCACACUCUUUGCCCAGCCCUCCCCUCCCCCCAUUUGGGGUUUCCCUCCCACUACGGCUGACCUGUCAGUGUCUAUGGUGACUUCUCUAUGGCCAUGCUGAGGACUUCCUCUGUCUCCCUUGUCCUGACUUCUCAGGGUCCCUUUCUCCUUUCUGAACACUCUCUUCUCUCCUCCCCACUCCCCUCUCUCCUCAUGCCCCUUGGGCCCUCAGGACUCUUGUGAGGCCCUCAGCCACCUCCACCCUGUCCCCAGGCCAUGUCAACCUCCCUGUGGUCCACAUGGGAACCUAGUGUCCCUUGCGUGCCCCUGCUGGACGUGGCAGUGGUUCGGAGCUUAGGUCUAGAGUCAGACUGCUUGGGGUCAAAGCCUGUUGCUGGCACCCAAGUGGGUGGCCUUCGGCAUUUUUUCAACUUCUUUGCAUCUUGAUUUUCUCUUCCAUAAAUGUUGCUAUUAAAAUGUAUGCAUAAGGACGGGUUAAGGCUUCUAAAGCACUCUAGACUUGUCUAACCUGACAUCAGCAUCUGCUCCCCCAAGGUGUUCCUUAUCCAUGUCCCUGUUCCGGGGACCAUCCCUGAGCCCUGGGCCUUGUUCUGGAUGGUUCCCUCCCUCCCACCAAACUAUCGGUCCUACAGCCUGCCCUCCUGGCCACCAGUCUCAUACACCAGCCUCCCCCCCGCACCCCCUGAUCCAGGGUCCAGGCCUCCACUCUUGUCCCCUCCGAUCCAAUCUUAUUUGCUCGAUAGCUUUCUGACAUUUAAAUCUGACCCUGUACUCUCUUGCUCAGAGCCCUUCUGUGGCUUCCCAGGGCCCUCAGACAGCUGAGUCCAAACUCCUUAGCCUGGCAUUCAAGACCUUUUACCAGCUGGCCUGGCUUGAGCCACACCCCUCCCCCCAUGGCAUCCACUGGUAGGGGCAGGUGUUUGCUCACAUGGGGACACACACACACACACACACACACACACACACACAUCCCCCAAGCUCUUCACCUCUGUUUAGGAAUGUCCCAGUCCCCCCUGCCAGAGGUCCGGGAUUGGACUUCCUUCUCUGUCGACCCUUCACCUGGCCAGCCCUCCAGGAUUCCGAUGCUGGGGUGGGGGAGGGGGCUCCACCAGCCACCCCACCCCCCAUUCCAGCCUGGGGCUCAGGUCUCCAACAACAGAACCAGAGCCACUCAGCAACGCUGGAACCCAUUCGGGGGGGCCUGGGGCCCCUCGUCCCAAGCCAGGAGGGCUUCGGGGGAGGGGUGUGGCCCCUGGCGGACUGGCAGUGUGGCCCAGGGGGCUGGGGGGUGCCAGGGAGGUGGGCGUGAACCUCGAAGCAGGAGGCACGAGUGCGGUUCUCUUUCCCCCGCUGGGGGGGCCUCGGAGCCGGUGGCGGGCCGGAAGCCUUCGAAGGCAGAGCGUGUGGGGCAGGGGCGGUGGCAGGCCUGCGCCCGGGGGCCGGGGCACCAUGGCCACCAUCCAGUCUGAGACCGACUGCUAUGACAUCAUCGAGGUGCUGGGCAAGGGCACCUUUGGGGAGGUAGCCAAGGGCUGGCGGCGAAGCACGGGGGAGAUGGUGGCCAUCAAGAUCCUCAAGAAUGACGCCUACCGCAACCGCAUCAUCAAGAACGAGCUGAAGCUGCUGCGGUGUAUGCGGGGCCUGGACCCCGAGGAGGCCCACGUCAUCCGCUUCCUCGAGUUCUUCCACGACGCCCUCAAGUUCUACCUGGUAUUCGAGCUGCUGGAGCAAAACCUGUUCGAAUUCCAGAAGGAGAACAACUUCGCACCCCUGCCUGCCCGCCACAUCCGAACGGUUACCCUGCAGGUGCUCAGAGCCCUGGCCCGGCUCAAGGAGCUGGCCAUCAUCCAUGCUGAUCUCAAGCCCGAGAACAUCAUGCUGGUGGACCAGACCCGCUGCCCCUUCAGAGUCAAGGUGAUUGACUUCGGCUCAGCAAGCAUUUUCAGCGAGGUGCGCUAUGUCAAGGAACCAUAUAUUCAGUCGCGCUUCUACCGGGCCCCUGAGAUCCUGCUGGGGCUGCCCUUCUGCGAGAAGGUGGAUGUGUGGUCCCUGGGCUGCGUCAUGGCCGAGCUGCACCUGGGUUGGCCCCUCUACCCAGGCAACAACGAGUACGACCAGGUGCGCUACAUCUGUGAGACCCAGGGCUUGCCCAAGCCCCACCUGCUGCACGCCGCCCGCAAGGCGCACCACUUCUUUAAGCGCAACCCCCAUCCUGAUGCCAGCAACCCCUGGCAGCUCAAGUCCUCUGCCGACUACCUGGCUGAGACGAAGGUGCGCCCCCUGGAGCGCCGCAAGUACAUGCUCAAGUCACUGGACCAGAUAGAGACCGUGAAUGGCGGUGGAGCAGCCAGCCGGCUGACCUUCCCAGACCGCGAGGCACUGGCGGAGCUCGCCGACCUCAAGAGCAUGGUGGAGCUGAUCAAACGCAUGCUCACGUGGGAGUCGCACGAGCGCAUCAGCCCCAGCGCUGCCCUGCGCCACCCCUUCGUGUCCAUGCAGCAGCUGCGCAGCGCCCACGAGACCACCCGCUACUACCAGCUCUCCCUGCGCGGCUGCCGCCUCUCGCUGCAGGUGGAGGGCAAGCCGCCCACGCCUGGCGUGACAGCCGUGGAGGAUGGGCCCCCCUACUACCGGCUGGCCGAGGAGGAGGAGGCUGUGGGCAUAGGCAGCGUGGUGGGCAGCGGGCCCUUCUUCUGCGAGGAGAAGGCGCCGGGCAUGCAGAGGGCCAUCGAUCAGCUGGACGACCUGAGUCUCCAGGAGGUGGGACGUGGGCUGUGGGGUGAGACCCGAGCCGACGCGGUUCCUGACAUGCUGGCCCCACUCAAGGCCGCUGCUGCUAGCCGCCGGGUGCCCGACUCGGGCCCCGAGCCCAUCCUGGCCUUCUACGGCAGCCGCCUGGCGGGUCGCCACAAGGCCCGCAAGCCACCCGCGGGCUCCAAGUCAGACUCCAACUUCAGUAACCUCAUCCGGCUAAGCCAGGCCUCCCCUGAGGACGAGGGACCGUGCCGGGGCAGUGGCUGGGCCGAAGGAGAGGGCCGUGGGGCCUCAGCCGAGCCGCCCAGCCUCCCACAGCGGGAUGGGGAUGGACCAGACGUCAAGGAUAUGACUAUGGAUGCUGAUAGGCCAGGCCCUGAGCUCUUCGACCCCAGCAGCUGCCCUGGGGAAUGGCUGAGCGAGCCAGACUGGACCCUGGAGGGUGUCAGGGGGCCACGGGCUCAGGGGCUCCCAGCCCGCCACGCUCACCCGCAUGGUCCCUCCCGGACCACCAGCUUUCUGCAGCAUGUCAGUGGGCACCACUGAUGGUGACCCCACCCCUGCCCAUCACUGGGGGCUAUGCUAGUGGGGCUGGCAUCCCCUCCUGAGAAGCCAUUUCCUGAACCCACAAAUUAUUCUUACAGAAAGAUAGUUAUCCAGAAAUCCCCCAAUACCCUCGCCCUGGUGCAUGCCAGCACAUACCCCCUAAACACAGGAGGGCCUUGGGGUCUGGCCCGUCGCCUCCCCCUUCCCCCCCCGGGCCAAAGGGACACAGGAAGGGGGCUGCCCCCGCUGGCCCUGAGCAUGCCCUCAGCCCUGCUGCCCUUGCCCAUUUCAAUAAAGAACUGUUCAGCAGCCCUGUCUGAGGCCUGGACUGGAGCUGGGGUGGGGUUCAGGUUGGCCGCCCAGGGCCCUGCUCUC